AUGUCACUUAUUAUCUCAAAUUUGUUGAUGGUCGGAUGGAUGUCUUCUCUUCCCGAAUCAAGGAAAACUUCACCCUUUUCUACCUUGAAAAUCCCAGGUUGGGAUUUUAUAAUUAUAAAGCAGAAAACUCUCUUAAGGUUCUCACGAUUCGGGGGCACAUAAUCUUCAUGUCGACAUGCCGCUGGCGCACGACCAAAAAUUCAACAAAUUCGUGCGACAACUUAGCAAAACAAGAAUUGUACGAAGAGUUGUGAAAAGAUGGUCGGAAACCCAGAAGUGGGUUUCUUUUUUAACCAAUCCCCCAAAUUUUUAAAAACAUUUUUAUUUCAGUCUAGACAUUCUUGAGCAGCUGAAAGCGGGAGUACGGUACUUAGAUAUUCGACUAGAAUUGACGACCUACAAAAAAGAAUCGAUAGUGAGUAAAUCAUUGAUUUCGGGGAAAAAUUAUGCAAUUUCUUCAUAUAUCAAUUAAAAAAACUGAUAUUUCAUUAGUAACAAAAAAUUUUCCAGGAGCCCAUGCUCGUCCAUGCUUUGUAUGGUCUCCCAGCAAAGAUGUUUUUCGAGCAAGUAAAGACUUUCUUGGACACUUAUGAUUACGAGGUUUUUUUAUUUCCUUGUCUGAAAUUCAUCAAAAUUUUCGAGGUCGUCAUUCUGGAUAUUAAUCAUAUUUACCGAAUGAGUCCUGUGGAUUUUGUGCAGUUUGUUGUGGAUGCUCUUCUCGCAGUUUUUCCCAUCGAAAUCAUCUGUCCGACCUCCUACGACUUCAGCAAGACGUCUUUGGAGGAUAUUGCUUCCAAAGGCUACAGGUUUAAACUUGAAACUUGAAAUGCCUACAUUUUUGGGAUUAGUUAAUCGAUAUUUUUUUUUCUUUUAAACCGGAUAUUGAGAAAAUAAAAUUGAUAAAAUGAAGUUUUUUUAGACUCGUCAUCGUUGGACCUUACAAACAAGCGGUAGAAAGUUUCAUCUAUAGUGAUUUGACAAUCCGAAACAAAUGGCCCAACAAGAACCGCAUCAAUGACUUGAUGAAUUUCAUGAGGCUCGAGAUUCUUCAGCCAACGCCUAAAAGGAUUCAUGUCCUUCAAGGCGUCAUCACCGCCCGUCCAGCAGAUAUUGUAAGUGGCUUUUCAGUUAGAAGAAAAUUUUGAAUUAAAAAAACGCAAUUUUUUUCCAAAAUAAUUGAACUAUUCUAACACAGAAAAUCUUCAAAGAAAAUGGGCAUAACUGCAGAGAGAAGAAUAACAAUUAAUCUUUGAAAAGUACAGUAUGGCAAUCGCAAAAAAAAAGCAGAAAAUUAAAAGUUUUGACAAGAAGUAAAACCAACAAGCAGGUGUAAGUGACCAGUUGAAAAUUUUAUGAAGCUUUGCAGGAAUAUAUAUCAAAGUUCACUGACCCAAGACCCUGCAGGAGUCUUAUUUUUAUACUAGUUGAGUUAUUGUUGAGUUAUUGAACCUCAGAGCGCCCUGAACAAAAAUGAAUAAUUGCCCGUUUUUUUGAUUGACCUCUUUUUCUAGUGAAUGAAAAAAAACAUUAUUAUGAUAUUUUUCAAAAUCUCCUAAAAAAAGUUUUUUUGAUGAUUCAGUUGUCUCCAAAUGAAAAUGCAGAUCCUACACCCAUUCUCGUCGCUGCGGAAGAUGUUCUCCGAAAAAGCGACGGCGUCAACGCUCGAACUGAUCUCAGGCCUGCGCGACACCGAGAAGGAAAAGAUCAACGUCGUCCUCCUCGACCAAGUCACUCAGCCCGUCGCUUCGGCCAUCAUCAACCUCAAUACGGAUAUUUGA